CACUUCUUUUCAUUAUAUUUUUUCCUUAAUUUUCUCUCCUUUUUCUUUCUCUGCAACCCCCCUUUGUUUUUGAUGUGAUUCUUCACCCUAUCUUCAAAAACCCUUUUUGUCAAGAUAGAAAGCUCAAAGCUCACUAACCAUGGUUUUCUCAUCUCUUCCAAGCUAUCUUGAUCCACCUAAUUGGCAGCAGCGGCCACCAUUUCUUCAGCAACCUGGAGUUAUCACUAGCGAGAAUCAUCAUAAUUCUCAGCUUCCACCACCGGCGCCACCAUCUGCUGCUGGUGGUGCAGGUGGUAUUAGGCCUGGUUCAAUGGUGGAACGAGCCAAGCUAGCUAAAAUACCACACCCUGCGUCAGCUCUCAAGUGCCCUCGAUGCGAAUCAACAAAUACUAAAUUUUGUUACUUCAACAAUUACAGUCUUUCACAGCCUCGCCACUUUUGCAAGACCUGCAGACGAUACUGGACUCGCGGAGGCGCCUUAAGGAACGUCCCGGUCGGUGGCGGUUGUCGAAGAAACAAACGAAGCAAAGGACGUAAAAGAUCAAAGUCCCCAUCGGUAACAUCUGAACGCCAAACCGGGUCAAGCUCAUCUGCCACUACUAUCAACUCUAAUGGUUGCACUGAAAUGUUAAGCCACGUGAACCCAGCAGCAGCGCCACAGUUGCCUCCAUUGGCCCCUUUACAUCAUCUUGGCGACUAUAAUUCUGGUGAUAUUGAGGUAACUUUUGGCAAUGAAACUAGAAUAAUGAGCUCAAAUGGUGUUGGAUUAAUGUUACCAGAUUGGAGAUCAGCGCAACAAGUUCAACAAUUUCCGUUUUUAACCAGUUUGGAUCACCCUCAAACUGGGUUAUAUUCAUUUGUAAAUGAAACUAUGGAGCCAACAGGUUAUGCCGGUCAGCAGCAGCUGCUUGGGUCUAAGCCAUUGGAGAGCACGAUAACCGAAUCGUCAGCUGUUAAAAUGGAAGAAACUCCAUCUCCAUGGUUGAAUCAAUCAAGGAAUUUUCUGGGGAAUUCAGGAAAUGAUGAUCAAUACUGGUUUGGUGGUGGUGGUAAUCCAUGGACUGAUCUUUCUGGUUUCACCUCUUCUUCCAUAACCCAUUUCUUUUGAUUUUCUUUUAUUAUAUUUCCUUCCACCCCAAAACCCAAUCCAAUCUUUGCUUUCUUUUGCUUAAAUUAUCUACAGGUUUCAUCAAAGAGAAAUGAAGUCAUAGAUAAGGAUUUUUUUCAAUAAACAAAUAUGCUAACUUUUGCAAAAUUCAAGGUUUCCAAGUUGAUGAUGAUGAGAAAGUGAUGAUGGAUAGGAAAAGGAAUGGACUGAAAGAAGACUAUUAUUAGUUUAGAAAAUGGUAAAUUUCAACUCUUGAAAAUUAUUUGCUGUUGUUCAUUUUAUUUUUCUUGUGUUUCUAUUAUUGUAAUGUGGUAAGAAAUUGUGUUAUGUGUAUACUAAUGGAGAGAGAGUUUUGGUAUUUGAUAUGAAGAUUGUAGAUUAAAUUGUGUAA